UUAGGGGUGAAAAUUUUUGACUUAACACGAUAAUACAAUUUGAACUCGACACGAAUUUGAUUAUAACUCAACAUGAAUUUGAAAAUGACCCGACACGCGAAUAAGAAAUAUAAAAAGUUUAUAAUUUUAUGACUUAACACGAAUGUGAUAUCACAUGACCUGAUUGUCACCCCUAAUAUUAGGCAAAAAAAAAUAAAAAAAAAUUUGAUCAUUUUUAUUUUCUAUCUAUCCAACCAAACACAGAGGAAAGAAAUUAUAUCAUUCUUACUUUCCAUCCUUGAAGGAUAAAAAAUGUAUUUCUUUCUACUCUCCAUUCUUUCUACAUUCCAUCUUUCCAACUAAACGGAGCAUAAGCCUUUGUUUGUUGAAGAUAUGAGAAUUCUGGUAUAUUAAACAGAAGCCAGGCUAAUGUUAGUUUUUGUUCUUCUAAGAACCUAUGUAAAAAGCUGGCAACUUUUGAUAUUAUAAUGGCUUUGGUGUUUGAAACUUCUGUCUUUGAAUGAAAUUUAAAUACAGUAAGGUGUUCUACCUUGUUGAAGUCAAAGCUUAAGAUCAUUUCCGUACCGAGUUUUGAAUAGUAUUGUAUAAAAUUUGCCAGUACACAAGCAGACUAUGUAGAAGUUGAUAAUACUUCAGAAUUAUCAACGUGCCUGAAGAAGUGAAGAGUUUUGUGACUUAUAUGUUUCUUGAUCAUAACCCAAUUAUUAUUUUUGUUUUUGAAGUUAGGUGAACUUGGAAUUAGAAAAUGCAGAGUGGCUCACUCCCAAUAGUAUUCACUGCUUCAACUUGGUGAUCCAAUGGUAGUAGCCAAGACCUUAAAUAAAUUUUCAAGGCGGAGGUCUUUCUUGGCCCUUACAUCUGUUCCCGCAAUGUCAACUUUUGAGGAGCCACUUGGUUCUAAUAACCUUUUGACUAUUGGACUCGAUACAGAACAGAGUUUCUCCUUUGGUGCUUUCACAGGCAGAGUAAACAAAAGGGCUGGAAGUUUUAGCAAUGAAGGGGGGAGUGGUUACUCAUUCCGAAGUGAGAAUGAGCAAAAUGUAAGAAAAGCAUUGCUAUGGGGAAGACAAGCAAAUCCCAGGGUGUUUGGAACUAUAAGUGAUGCUUCCUACACACCACAUUGUUAUUAUAGCUCUCACUGCAAUUACAAUCCUGCAAGGGAUGUAAAACACAAGUUCUUCGGAACUAUCCCUGAAUAUGUGAAGAUAGUAGAAGUUGGUCCGAGGGAUGGCUUGCAAAAUGAAAAGGAAAUUGUUCCUACUUCUGUGAAGGUUGAGCUAAUAAAGAUGCUAGUUUCUUCAGGGUUACCCAUUGUUGAGGCUACUAGUUUUGUCUCACCAAAAUGGGUACCACAGUUAGCAGAUGCAAAGGAUGUAAUCAAGGCAAUUCAAAGUAUUGGAGGAGCUAGAUUUCCUGUUUUAACACCAAAUCUCAAAGGUUUUGAGGCGGCUAUUGCAGCUGGAGCUAAGGAAGUGGCCAUCUUUGCUGCAGCUUCUGAGUCCUUUUCGAGGUCAAACAUAAAUUGUAGCAUUGAAGAUAGUCUUGCUCGCUAUCGUGAUGUUGCUCUUGCUGCAAGAAAUCUCUCAAUUCCUGUUCGUGGAUACAUAUCUUGUGUUGUGGGGUGUCCAGUGGAAGGUGCUGUGCCUCCCACAAAAGUAGCGUAUGUGGCUGAAGAGCUCUUGAAUAUGGGCUGCUCUGAAAUUUCUCUUGGUGAUACGAUUGGAGUUGGUACUCCUGGUACCAUCAGUCCAAUGCUUGAAGCUGUUAUGGAUGUUGUCCCUGUAGAAAAGUUAGCUGUCCAUUUUCAUGACACUUACGCGCAAGCUCUUUCCAACAUUCUUGUAUCUCUCCAGAUGGGGAUCAGCACUGUGGAUUCUUCUGUAUCGGGGCUCGGGGGUUGCCCAUAUGCAAAGGGCGCUUCUGGGAAUGUUGCCACCGAGGAUGUGGUUUAUAUGCUCAAUGGACUCGGAGUGAAGACUAACGUGGAUCUCAGAAAGCUAAUGCUGGCUGGGGAUUUCAUCUGCAAGAAUUUGGGCCGGCCUUCUGGUUCGAAGGUUUCAAUUGCCUUGUGCAGAAUCACCGCAAAUGCCUCCAAGCUGUAG